AUGCCUGACAUAGUUGGGGUGAUGCCAUUCCUGGUAGUCGCUGUCGGUAUUGACAAUAUGUUCCUGAUGAUUGCGGCAAUUCGACGAACGUCUCGAUGUUUGCCGGUCUCUGAACGAAUGGGUGAAUGCAUGUCAGAUGCAGCCGUGGCCAUUCUUAUCACGGCCAGUACAGAUGCGCUCUCGUUUGGUGUUGGAGCCAUCACUUCAUUACCAGCCGUUCACAUCUUCUGCGUCUAUACAGGAGUGGCUAUUUCUUUUGCAUUCAUUUAUCAGGUGUGGUUUUCCUAUUGA